UAUACGAGUAAUGCUGUGUAUCGGUUCAGCACUUUAGAGCUUGGAAACACUCGGCAGACCUAAGACAAGGGUGUUCGCUAACAUGUCUGUGCAUCACCCCUUAAUGCACAGGGACUCCCACCUAAUGGCAAAACCUAGUGUUCAGAUCUUUGAGCAGCCCAAACAGAGAGGUAUGCGCUUCAGGUACAAAUGUGAGGGACGCUCGGCAGGCAGCAUACCUGGAGAAAGAAGCUCUGACAAUAACAGAACCUACCCCAGCAUUCAGAUUCUAAAUUUUACCGGGAAAGGAAAAGUAUGUGUUUCCUUGGUGACCAAAAGUGAACCAUACAAACCACAUCCACAUGACCUGGUGGGUAAAGACUGCAAGGACGGUUAUUAUGAGGCAGAAUUUGGACCUGAACGCAGGGUCAUUGCUUUCCAAAACCUAGGCAUCCAGUGUGUGAGAAGGAGAGAAGUAAGAGAUGCCAUAAUGCAGAGAGUUGCACGAGGCAUCAACCCAUUCAAUGUUCCCCGGGAACAGCUGCUUCAGACUGAGGAGUAUGAUCUGAACGUGGUGCGUCUAUGCUUCCAAGUUUGCCUGCAAGAUGAGACCGGGCUGUACAACAUCACACUGCCUCCCAUCGUCUCAAAUCCCAUCUAUGAUAACAGGGCUCCAAACACAGCUGAACUGCGCAUUUGCAGAGUGAACAAAAACAGUGGCAGUGUGAAGGGAGGUGACGAGAUCUUCCUUCUAUGUGACAAAGUGCAGAAAGAUGAUAUUGAAGUGAGGUUCUUCACUCAGAGCUGGGAGGCCAAAGGCUCAUUCUCUCAAGCAGAUGUGCACAGGCAAGUGGCUAUAGUGUUCAAGACGCCCGCCUACUGUGACACGACUAUCACAGCUCCUGUCACAGUGCGAAUGCAGCUGCGCCGUCCCACAGACCAGGAGGUCAGUGAGUCCAUGGAGUUCAGAUACCUGCCCGAUGACAAAGAUCCCUAUGGCUGUCAAGAGAAGAAGCGAAAAAUUGAAAGCCUGAUGAAAUCCUUCCCUAGCUUUCACCAAGGAGCCAUGAGCUCUCCAAACAGACCAAAAGCAGUACCUUCAGCCACUAUGAUGAGAAUUAAAACUGAACCAACUAAUUAUUAUCAUCCGCCCAACCAUGGUUUGUUGCGAACAAAUCCGUCAAACUAUUAUAACAAAGCCCCUCUGUCCCGCCCCAUGAUGCCACCUCUCUCAGAAACCCCAGUUCUUGCGACACUCAACCAAACAUGGCCCAACCCAGUCGUUAAUGCCACUGGAGCUAGUAAUGGGAUGAGCCUACAGCAAGUUAACCCAAGUCCCAGGAUGCCCACCACAGCGGAAGUCAGUGGUAACAGCCUCCCCUUACUGACUUCUAUGGAUCUAGAAAUUGAAUUUCUUCAGCCCAAUGGCCAAACAGCCAGCCAGCCUCGACAUGAGCAGCAGAGCCAACAGAUCCAGCAAUCCCAACAGCCACCUCAACGGCAGGAGCCUCUGCAAGGAGCAGACGGAGCCCAUACCUGGUUCUAUGGCCUCCAGCAGUCCCAAAACACACAGAAUGGGGCAGCAGGCACAGGUGUGUCAUUAGGAAUGGGCUACCAGUAUGCAAGCAGCUUAGAUGAUGAGAUCCUACAAAGCUUGAUGGGCAGCCAUCAGACAGGCCUCCACUUGAAACAGGAGACUCAAGGUUCUAGCAACAUGGCUAUGCUGGGCUCGACCUGCACCCAGUCCUCUGACUGUACACAGUCCUUCACUGCCCUGCUAAACUGCCCCAACACCAUUGGAAGUACUCAGGAGACCACAAGACAAAUAGAGGCCAGUGGCCCAAAUCAGAGGGGCCCUCAGAUACCAUACUCCAGUACAGGCAUGGGGCAGGAGAGCCACUUUGAUUCUUUAUCCUGGCCGUACUACCCUGAAUAGUGAAAUCAUAACUAUUCAAGAUUAAUUCAAAGGAUGUACAUGUUCACAACUAAGAGCAGAAUUGUGUCUUUAAAUGUAGGCUCAGAUUUAUGGUAACUGAAUGUAAAGUAUUUUCUGAUUAUCAGUUGGGCUCAUUGUCAUAGAAUGAGGCCAGUACUGGUUCUGCCACCAUUUAUUGGAGUAACAUUUUAAGAAACAUUUAUGUAUGCAACGUUCUGAUGAUCAUUCGUCCACAAACUCUCAAGUGUGGCAAGGGAAUUGUGUUCCUUUAUAGUGGGAACUUACAGGGAAUUGUCCCUGGGUAAUGGCUAUGUCAUUUUUAGCAUGCUUCAUAUCCAAGGUUCUCAGUAAAACAAAUUUUUUUAACAAGUUUAUACAAAGCUCAAAAGUGAUUUUAUAACUUUAGAAACAAAUACCAAUGUUUUGUUCUGUCUUCACUUUAUCCAACACACACUUUCCGUAAUUGUGAAUUUUGCCUUUACAUUUUUCUGUGGUUUAACUUUUUUGUAUUUUUAUCCAAAUUAAAAUGUAUACA